AUGUCAGACAAGAUUCGUGAAUACGAAGAAACCAUUGCUUCGCUCACAAAUACCCCAGCGAUGACUUCUCAAUCAAGAACACAAACAGUGGAGCCUAAUCUUGCGCAUCAUGCUUAUGAGACGUCUGACCGGGCUACCAGCAACCAAGUGCCUGCAUUGCUCAACAACAGUAACGAUGAUUUUGAAUAUCCUGCAGCUGAAGCCACUUCGAGGUCUAGGAAAGGCGUAUCAGAUAUCAGCUUGGACGAAAAUGGCAUGAUUUGUUACCACGGACCAACCUCGGCUGUACAUGAUCCACCAACUGGAAGUCACUACAGCCAACAAACCGCUGUUCCCACCUCAAUCAUGUCUUCAUAUGGUUCGCUUACAGGUGCAGAAGAGUCUCGUGCCAUUGAGCAACUGGCGCUCGAAAACGCUGCAAAUUGGGCUGGUCUACCAAAGGCAAUGCUGGCAGAACUACUUCAACUUUAUUGGUCUUGGAUUGCCCCAAUGUUUCUCUGGGUCUAUAGACCAGCAUUUAUGCGUGAUCUGGGGACUGGCGGCCAGUACUGUAGUCAGCUCCUUCUCAGCGUUAUCUGUGCACAUUCGGCACGGUUUCGCGCCGGCAAUCUUGGGGAUUUAUUGAUAUCACGAACUCGCAACCUGUUGGGAAAGGAGAUACUAAACCCUAGCUCAAUCGCCACAACUCAAGCACUUCUGCAACUUAGUGCUAGGGAGCUUGCUUUUGGCUCGAUUUCACAGGCAUGGCUUUAUAGUGGCAUGGCCUUCAGAAUGGUCAGUGAUCUAGGGCUGCAUCACAAUGCUAGUGAAAUUGCUGAACUAGGAUCAUUCACCGGUGACGAUCAUGAGACUAGAAAGCGUCUGUUCUGGUCAUGCUAUGUUUGGGACAAGUGGGUUCUCUAUCUUGGCCGUAUGCCAGUUUUGGUUGAUGUGCCCACAGGGAACACCCCAUCUUUAGUCGACGAUAUUUCCGAAAACGAUCUUUGGGUUCCAUACUAUGGUGACUCGAAUACUGGCAGUAAUAUCAAGGGGGCCGACUAUCCCGCCUACAAAACCCAUGCAAUCUCGUGUUUUGAAAAUACCUGCAAACUUGCGGUUAUAAUCAACGACAUAAUCGCCAGACUUUAUUCCCGUCGAUCAUCGACCAAAUUUGAUGAUGGCCCUCGUCGCCUUCGAGAGCGCUUGGACUCUUGGAGACGUCAAUCACCUGGUCAUCUUAGAUAUGACCCGGAGUGCCUUCCCCAGGUCUGCCCACCCCCACACAUAGUGAAUCAAAAUCUGCUAUACUACGCAACCAUAAUCCUUCUUCAUCGCCCAUUUUCGGGAUCCCUUACUCAUCAUACUAUCUGCCGCCAAGCGUCGGAAAACAUGGAGAGUUUCUUACGUCUUUUGGAAAAGGAUUUUGGCUUCACCCGUAUAUCGUACCUGAUGGUAUACUGUGUUUACACUGGAGCCUCAGCUCUGAUCCAUGAUGUCAAAUCGGGUGAUACCAUCGCCCGCACCAGAUUAAACACUUUCGUGCGGGCGCUUGAAGGUGGUCGGUCAACUUGUCCGAUCGUGCAGAGAAGUCUCGACAUCAUCACGAGCAACCUCGAGUCCAAUAAGACGCAAGAGCUGGCGGAACCAAGCACAACAGCUCAGAUAUUAGAUAACUUUCUUCCAGCAUUUCCUCGUCAGUUGCCCCAAGCUUCAUUCAUGCCUGAAUCUCAGCCUCCUUUCGCCCCGGACUCAGAUUCGCACCUUUGGCUGGACUGCUUUCCGGAAAAUAACAAUGAUCUUAGUUUAGAAGAGUGGUAUAUUCAACCACCUGAGGGCAUAGUAGAUGGUAUUGACUAG